AAGGGGGCGGGCAGGGAGAGGGAGGAGGAGAAGGAAGCGGCUGCGGCGUGCAAUUUGUAAUUAGGGCGCUUUGAGCAUCUCCCGGCGGGGGCGUAGCGCCGGGCGGCGAGGGGAGCUCGGGCGAGCCGCCCCCGCCGCCCCGGGCCCCGCCGCACGCCCCCGCUGGGCCGGAGCUGGAGCCGUGCGAGCCGUCGGGGCUGCGGCAGCCCGGGCUCCCCAGAGCCGCCGGGAGCUCCGCGAUCCGCCACCAUGGGCAGCGCGGCCGCGGAGGAGCCGGUCAGGUUUGCUGUCACUCAGAAACACAAACCUGGAACUGAAGCUAUUCGAAGAGCCUUCAGAAUGACCAGAUUCACGAAUCAGCAGCUGGGUUUGCAGCACAUCCAAGGGGAGAACAGAUGGCAACUGAUUUAGUCCAUUUUGUCACACACUGUAGUUUAUGAAGCAAGUUUUCAGGGACCUGAGGCUUAAACAUGCCAAGGGGAUGAAUGUUUCCAGUUUGAGCAGCUAUUUAAGGCAAAGAAGCAAUAGAGGUGAAAAUCCCACAGAGUCACCAGGAUGUGAUGGCCAAUGAUGAGCAGUAAUUACUGCAGCAACACUUCAACCAGCAUGAGUGUCAACGAAAUGUCAGCCUUCCCUCUGACUUUAGAGCAAAAAACUGGUUUUGCUUUUGUGGGAAUUUUGUGUGUUUUCUUGGGACUCCUAAUUAUCAGAUGCUUCAAAAUCUUGCUGGACCCCUACAGUAGUAUGCCUUCUUCUACGUGGGAAGAUGAAGUUGAGGGGUUGGAUAAAGGGACAUUUGAAUAUGCUCUUGCAUGAAAACUCAUAGAAUAUCCUGCCUUAAAUUUGAUGAUGAUUUCAUUUUGGAAACCAUCUGUUAGUACAUUUGUUAUACAUACAUACAUUUUGAAGAUAUGUUGGUGGCAUCCAUUUUUGUUAAAUAAAUAUUUGUUCCAAACUCAAAAGGCACGUUGCUUUUCUACGAGGAACAGUGGAAUGGUGGAUUAAGAAAUGGUUAACAGCAAAGAAAUACUACAAUGAACAAUUCACUAUAAAGUUAACACAGCAAAAAAAAGGUUGGUUCAUAUACUAUCAUAUUAUAAGGAACUAAUGGGAAAACUAACAAUUAACAAUAUAAUCAUAAUUAAUAACAUCACUUGCUAGCUCAGUUCUUGCCUUUCAGGAAGAGGAGGUGCUGUACUAAUGACUGUUUAUAAGGAAACUGUAUGUUGUUUCUCCUGUGUGAAACAUCUAAGUGGUCCUCUGCAAACAAUGCAUACUUCUAUUUCUUACUGCUCAUCUGAGAAUGUGUCUUUUUGAUAGAUUAGGUCUCCCUUCUGCUCUACAGCUACCGAAAGCUAAACAGAACUAGUGGAAGGGAAACAAACAUUGCUAAGGAUAUUUUAGAUUCUACAAGCAUUCAGCAAUACAAGAUAUAUUCAUUACCUGCUCAGAAGUCCAUCACAAACCAAGAACACCACAGUCCCACUCUACCUGUGCCUCCCACACAGUUAAAAUCUUAAGGUGAAAGAGAAUAAGUAAACAUUACAUAACCAACCUGACAAUCUAACUGAACUGGUCAUGCCAUGCCAAUUUUUACUCCCCCUGGUUACAGAGAAUGAUUGAGUUUAAACUGGAACUUCACCUGUUGCACUGUUAGCUGCAACCUGUUCUGUCUGGUUAACAGCUCCCAGCAGUAAUUACACCAGCUUGUCAAGGCCAAAGCAGAGACACUCACACUGCAUACUCAUUUGUGCCCAGCCCCCAGAAGGCAGAGGGGUCCAUGAGCUGGCUGGAAAUCUUUGUACUCUCCAGCUCAUCUCCACAGCUGUUUCUUCUGUGUUCCUACAUCUGUCCACAGUGUAUGAUCUCGACUGUCAAACUGAGGAACUGGUCAUAGGAGAUCUUAUCAAGACAGAAGAACUGACAGUGAAAGCAGAGACUAAAACCACAAGGUCACCCUCACACACUGCUGUUCAGCAAGUGUGACAGUACUUUACAGAAAUUCAAUUCAGUUUUUAAGAAAGUUGGCAUCAGAAUUUUAAGCACUGUCACUUUUGCUAAACAGCUCUGUUUGCAAUGAGCAGCAAGGACAAAAAGAUCAGUUACAAUGGUUGGUUUCUUUUGCAUGUGUUUGGAAAAAUACUUAUUAACCCUUUUGCUGUAUACAGCAGACAGACACAGCCAGUGGAACACUGGACCUCAAAUGCCGUUUGGAACACGUAACACUGGGAAGGACAUGAUCUUCCAUCUGAAGAAUGAGAGCUGCAGCUAACACUCUAUACUGGUUCAUCUAAAUAGAAUAAACAAUUAUGUGAAUAUAAGAACUUUUAAACUGCUUCAGACUCUGUGUAAGAAAAAUUGACCAGAUCCACACAGAUUCAGCAUGUUGCAUUUAUCCCAGUUAAUUUAACCACAAAAUCAAAGGCAGAUAUCCAUAUACUGAGUCACAUAAUAGGAUCGUCCACUGCAGAGACCUGAAACCGUCAUUCUUUUUAUGUACACCUAAUCAACACGUCUGAGCCCUGUACUGUCAGGUUAGAUUGCUGAAGGUACUUAAGUUAUCUGGGAUAAAUA